AAACAUAUAUAUAUACAUAUAUAUAUAUAUAUACAUAUAUACAUAUUUAUAUAUUUAUAUACGUAUCGGGAAAGAAGGAAAAAAAAGGAGAAUUUGUGGUGUAAAAAAAUUUUACAAAAAUGUUAACCGCAAAACAAGUCAAAAUUCAUAAAAUGUCUGAUGAACGAUGGACCACGAGAGACAAGAUAAAUCAAUAUCGUGGUGUUCUCAAAUUAUACGCUCGAGAUAAAAAGAUUCGUGCAUUGGAAUUGAUUAAAUUAAAGCAAAGAGUAUUGAAAAAUUUAAAAUCAUUGCAAACGGAUGUAAGAGAAUAUCGUGAUAUCGUCAGUCAAAUUAUUAAUGGAAAUAAAAUUCGCCUAUUGCCGAUAUUACAACAACACGAUAAUUUUCAUUUAGCCUUUGGUCAACUUGAAUCAGAUGAACUUCAUAAUCGAAUUUAUCAGAACAGCGAAUUGUUUCAUCGACAAUUGGAUAAGUUGCGUUACGAGAAGGAGAAAUUAGCUAAGAAAUUUUUCGAUUUACAAGUACUGUUGCCUCUUAUCUUUAAUAAAAUAAAGAUACAUAUAUACAUAUAUACAUACAUACACGUAUACGCGCACAUUAAACUUGAUUCAUUCCUAUUGAAAUAUUUAAAUAAAUUUUUUUUUUCUUAUCCAUUGAUAAAGUUUGAAAAAUGUUUCCUAUUGGAAGAGGAAAGUGCAGAAAUAGGAACUGACCAUUUUCUUGAACGUUUGAUGGCAUAUUUGCAACGAUCGGUAUCUAAACAAAAUGGUGUUAAAGCCAUUCGAAGUACUUACUUAAAGAUAAUUAAUAUUUUAAAGAAAGAUGCAAUAUAUUAUGAUGCACUUCUUAAAGCUCUCAAAGAUGAUCAAAAGAAUCAAUGUAAAGUGAUAGUAAAGACAACGAUAAUGGGCCAAUUGGCAACAGAAAAUCUGGACGAUUUGAAAGAAAAAUAUAAAUCAAUGACUGUCGACGUUGUUAAAAAUAUGAAAGAAAGAGAACGUACAUUAAUUAUAGCACGUGAACGCGUUGCCGAUCUUUGGGAAUAUGCGAAAUCUUUAGUACGAAUUGAGGUACGUAUUCGUUCUUUUCUUUUUUUUUUUCCUUUUCUUUUUUUUUUUUUUUGUGUUUUAAGCGACGUUGUUCUUGCCAAAAAAUAUAUCGACAUUAACGACUCCGUUCAUUUAGAAAAUCAACUUAAACGUUUGGAAGAGAUUUGCGAAAAAUUGAAGGAUACCGUUUUAGUUAGAUCUCAUAAUGAAUUAUUACCAAGACUCGAAGAGCAAAUGAGACAGAAGGUACGUUUGAUCAAUCAAUUUAAUUAUAAUACAAAAGAACGCAAUGAUCUUUUACAUAAAAAGGAAGAGGCACUUAUCACUCUUGAAAGUCUUGAACAUACGAUGGUAGCUACGACAGGACAAUAUAGGAUAGAUAAAAAAGCUAUGUUGGAAGAAAUGGAAAUUCAAAAAAAACGUAUUAUCAAUUAUAAAGAUCUAAGAAGAUCUCAUGGCGAAUUAUCGAUUAAGAUAAUAGCAGCUUUACAAAAUAUGUUAGUUAUGCUUAUUUGUGUUAAACAAACUAGAUGGUUACCAAAAAUGAAUAGCAAAAAACAAGCAAAGAUGCCUAUUGUAGAUGAAUUAGACACCGAAGAUACGGGUGAAGCUGUCUUAGAGAAAAUAAUAUCAAAUGGCGUAGUAUUAUUGGCACAAAUUACUCGAAAAAUGGGUGUUCUUUUCGGAAUAAGCAAUUUUGAACUCGAUAAAGAAAAAGAUGAAAGAGCGAGACAAUUGUAUCAAAAUUAUAUAGCUGAUUAUAAUACCUUUACACUCAAAUUUGGGAAGGACGAGUUAGAGCCAGCUCUGAUCGUUGAACAUGAAAUUGUAGAUCCAAAUGUAUUAACGCGAGCAGAUGUAAAAAAUCGAAGUAGAAAAGUGGUAGAAGCUAAUUUGAAAAUUGAUUAAUAUAUUGAUAUGAAAAUUUCUUCUUUUAUUUACCUUAUUAGAAAACUCUUUUAACGAAUAUAUAACAUAGCAGAAAUUUAUACUCUACGUUAGAUAAAUAUAUUGAAAAUUUCUAUAAGCACAUAUGUUUUAAUAAAUAUAUUUUAAUUAUAAAUAAAAAUAAUAAUAAUUAUUAUUAUAUUAUAUUAUAUUAUAUUGUUAUAUAUUAUAA